UUACAUUGUGACUCUCUGGCCUACCCUGCAAAAUUUCCAUCUGUUGGAAGGGGCAGAAGUGCUUAUUUUUGGACUGUUGAAUUCAAGAUUUUGCAACAGUCAUUACUUGAGCAUGUUCUCGAAGUUCAUCUGAAGGCUAGGUACAAUUUGAAUGAAAGUGACAUCAAAGUCUCAAUAUAGAAAACUUACACUGAAUUGUCAUAGGGUAAUAAUGGAUAUGUUUCUGUUGAGUGCAGUUUUAUAUGACUUGUAUAUGUUUGCAGUUCAAUACAUGUAUGUACUGUUCAAUUGAUAUACACAUGCAAUUAAGGUAUUACAAAAGGAAAAUAAUCAUUUUUCUUCAAUUUUCUGAAAAUUUAAUAUCCAAUUAAAAAAAAAGUCUAUUAACUUCUGAAAAUUUUGUUUUGGUAUCUUUUUUUGCUUCAUGAGAUAUAACGUGGAAAGUAAUUUGAGCGUAGAAUGGAAGGCACAACAUUGAUGACACUUCAUGUCAACUUCUCCUUGUCACCUAAUUAACUGAUGAUUUCAAAACCAUAACUGAUAUUCAAUACACAGUGCACUGUUUUUUUCAAUUCCAAAAUUGCUCAUUUGUUGGCAAGUCUACUUACAUUAAUUCUUUCCAAAAGCUACCGAGGUUGGUUCUGUAAUUCAAGUGUUGUUUUUAAGCUGUUAUCAUGUCUAAAAGAAACAAGUCCCUUCGUUGCUCUGCCAAAGGGAAAAUUUAUUGGUAGUUUGGGAAGAUAGAGGUGUUGUUCAUUGAUAGUGAUAGGGGUUACUACUAGACUGAAGAGAAUCAGUGGCCAGAGUCUAUUUCUAUCAAAGUUUCCACAGGUACUUGUUCACAAAAAAUAUCACAAACAGUUCAUCAUCAUUCAUGCAGCAUGGUAAUUCAAGAAUCAUUUGUUGAAAAGCUGUUUUGUGUCUCCAGUGUAGCUCUUCUUCCUCUGUCUGAUCGCUUUCCUGCUCUUUUUGGUAGAGUAUUUUGGCUUGAGUUCUGAUCUUUGAAAAGUUUAUUCUCAGCCAUCUAUUUGGUCAAUUUUUGUAAAAUCUGGGGAUAAUAUGGGAAAUAUGAUGAACCCCAAAAGGGUGUCUCCAAUUUACAAUAUUUUCCUAUUUCUAGAGAUGUGGCGCCUUCAUUGACAACUUUGCUCAAAAGCACUAAAGUUUAAAAAAUGAUCAGAAAGUAACAAGGCAUUAACAUACAAAUCCCAGAUAGUUCAAUAUGUGGAGAUAACGUUUGGGUAAAAAAAGAAACAUGUUGAUUGAUACGUGUUGUUGUAUGGCAUCUUGUUGUGAGAGAAUAAGCUUCCAUUCUGUUCAGUUGCAAAAGUUAUAAGAUUGAAUUCAAAACCCAAAAUCAGUGUUUAUUAAGCUUUAAGAAAAUGUAUAGUUUUACAGUGAUAGUGCACAUUAUAAGUUUUCACGCUUUCUCAGUUUGAAUGAAAAAGCUAAUAUUCCAUCUGGAAUACCUUAAAUUUUGGAAGGUUCAUUUGAUAUACUCCAGAAUGAGUUUUAGGUAUUGCCUAGCUCUACCAUUUCAACAGUGGCUUGCAUCAUCUUGCCAGCUACUUUUGCAAACCAAACACUUAAUGCACUUUAUCAGGCAGCACUAUUUAUAAGAGAUUGGAGUCAAAGGAUUUUCCAAGACAAAUAGAUGUAGGGAUUUAUGGUAUUAAAAAUGUUGUUCUGUUGGUCUAUAUAUGUAAAAUUUUAAUAGCCUCUCUAUGACUUAGUUGGAAGAAUAUUCAAUAAUAUUAUACUUUACUGAUGUUGAGGUAUUGCCAAUAACACGAAGACUUAAUGGCUACCUGAUGUACUUCCCCUUGGUCACAUAUUUCAGCAAUCUUGAAGUAUUUGGAUUAAUACUUGAGUUCUAGUCAAAUCUUAUAUGGUUUUGGACUUGCUAUGAAAAGAAUAGUGUAACUACUAUAUCAAUGCUGAUCACCCAGCUCCACAGAUUUUCCUCCUCCACUCCUUUCUGAGUUCUUAAUCACACUUAAAUCUUUUGCUGCUUCCACCGUGUCACGCAGUGAAAAGUCUUCAUUUAUGAAACAAAACCAUUCUCAGAUUCAUCAGGCAGUUCCUCAUUAGAUGUCCUAGACAUUUUGUAAAAGCCCAUGAAAUGAAGCUAGGAAAGGGAAUUUGGACAAUUUAAGUGAGAGUUAUGGGAAAGGAGACAUGAAUUAGAUGAGUCUUUCACAUAAUAAUGAAGUUCUCUGCUCUCUGAUUGCCAACUUAGCUGGAACAAAAUUUCUCAGUUGGUGUAAAUAAGCACUGGUAAAUUUUUCAAAGACUGCAAAUUGCACUUGCUCAUAAUUUUGUUGUGUUUGAAACAUUUACUUGGGCUUAUUUAUGCCAAAUUGCACUCAAAAUCCUGUUCUUACCCAUACAAAUUAGUUGAAGGUUGUAAUCAUUUAUCUUUAUGGUAGUUAAGCACUGCACAAAUUGUUGUUCAAAUGUUUUGUGGCCUAGGAUUAAUUCACUGACACUCACCUCUCAGACGAAUCAAUUACUAUUACACCAGCAAUUUGUACCAGAGAAAACAUCUUUUUUGAAAUUAAAUUUUGAUUCAAAUUCCUUCAAUGAGAACUUCUCUUGCUGUCCAUGCUGAUUGCCUUGAGGACUGAGUUCAAAGAGCUUGUGCUGAAAGGUGGUGCUUUGGCCCUCAAUUUGUCUUGUAAAUAUCCUCCAUUUUGAAUUUUUAUGCAGAUUACGGCAGCAAACUUGUUCCAUGUUGCCUCAAUUUCCUGUUGCCAGUUCCUUCUUCCAAGUUUAAGUCACACCCAGGGCAAAAACAUUGCCAUGAUAACUGUGGUGCCUCAUUUUUCGAAUGAAAGUAAGAUAAGAUGACUGAUGCUGUCAUUAGAAAAAUGUUAGACCACAAUAGAUGACUGAUGCUAUUUGUUGACACUUCAGAGAUACUCUUGUGGUGUCUAAGGAUAGUUAUGUCACUGAACUUUACUGUUGUCUGUGAUGCAUAAAUUGCAGGGAAGGGCAUUGUGGGUUUGAAAUUGUCAAAUUCAAUCCACACCUUGUACCAGGGUUUUGGUGGGAAGGGGGUUUGUUAGUUCAAUAGAUCAGUACAUUUUGGGGAUUUACAUCUUGGCAUUUGUUUGUAUUUCAUCAGUCACUUUCUGCCCCCUACCAGAAAUGCAUAUUUGAUGGCUUAACCCUAUAACUCCUGAGAUCUGAUUAUAAAUUCUCCCCUUUUGCUGCAACACAUUUCCUUCAGUUGUAAAUUAGUUACAAGAAUUUGUUGUUAGAUCAAGAUAACUUCAGCCUGAUAAGUUUGAUUAUUCUCAUAACCUGUUUCCUGGAUUAUGUAUGGAUAUGGUAGGGAGAAGUUAUUUGUCAAUCGCUUUUGGAGGUUAAAGGGUUACAAUUUAUGUAAUGCACAUUCUGGGCAAUCUAAAGACCCUGCUAACUUGAUAGCAGAGUGAAACAAACACAUCCAAAACAUGGCAUCUGACGGGAGAGCCCCUCUUUUUUGCAGAUUUAAGGACUUAAAAAUGUCAGAAGCACUACCUCAUGUAAGAAGUGAUCAUGAAAAAGUGAUGCAAAGUCCAUCUGUUUCUUGUGAGUUAUCCAUCCUAAGGUCACCUGAGAAGUUGAACUCCUGGGCAGAUCCUUCAGGCUUAGAUUUAACAGACACUAAGAGUGAUUUUGAACUAGUAAAUUUGUGGGCACAAAAGCGGGGUAUUUACAAACAGCCUGGAUAUGAAUUCACAAAGGAUCCAGAUUUAAUAUUUGAAGGCCUUGUUCGCAGCGCAUUUAAUCCAGAUAGAUUUCUUUGCAAGCUCACACUUUGGUACUACACAGGCCAUGCACUGGACAAGGAAAAAGCAAGGAAACUUUAUUACUCAUCAACUCCUUGCCUUGACAAGUUUGAAAAGGACUAUGUUAUGCUGGACUUUUUCCUUCAGAGAGAUGAAUGUUUAAAGAAAUGCAAUGGGGGAAAAGUAAAGGGGGGAGAGCUUUUUCUACAUAGGUUUGGGUUUUGUGAUCUAUAUGGCCCUUUAAGGUCUUGGAUUGCAGCUUGCAAGAAAAAGCAAACCCUUUCACAGUCAUGUCCCCUAAUGUGCAAGCCCUCACUGUGUAACAAUCAGGACCUUGUCAUCAUUUUAGAUAGCUGCCAUAGUGGAGAGUUUGCUAGGCAGUUACACAAUUUUCUUGAAGUUAUGAAAGGGAUAGACCCAACACUGAUGAAUGGAAAAACCAUCACCAUACAAGCAGCCUGUGGUCCAGAUGAACGUACACUUGGUGGGUAUUUCACACCCCUCUUUACCCACCUGAACGAUCCACAGAAUGAGGAGCUAAUGGAAACAUUGAAGAAGGAGUGGGGCAGCAUGAAAGAAGAAGACAAGAGUAAAUACAGUUUACCUGACCUGCCAUCUCCAAUGGUAGUUACCACAUUGCCUCAGCCUGAAGGUGUAACAAUGGAAAUGAACAUUGAGAAUUUCAAACUGACACUCUUUCCAAACCCUGGAUUCUUCAAGUUCUGUCUAAUCAAAGUCUACCAACAUGAGGAUUUGAAGUUAUUCGAGGGAAAGGAUAGAGUUUUAGAUAAAACUUCUGCCAAAAACUUCAUGGAUUCUUCCCCAUUUACCGUUCUUGACUACAAGCUGAAGACCAUGUCAACUGGCCCUUAUAAAGGAAAUCCCUUUGGUCUCUUUCUGCUGCAAGACCCGAAGGAUAAAAACAAGGCCAUCUGUGCCCACAUUCACUUCGCAAAAGACAACACUCAAAGGUGUACAAGAAUAAAUCUUGUCCACCUCAAGAAACCACCCAUUGGAAUUAUGUACUGCCUGGAUGUUGACCGUAGUGAUAUGUUGCAGCAUGCUAGUGCUGAGGAUAAAUACAAGGUAGUGGUCGACCUAGAUAGAAAUGCCGAAAACUUGGUAUGAGCCUGUCGUGAUUAUGUAACAAAACAAAAUCGCACAUUGUGGUAUGAUGUUAAGCAGUGGAACAUGAACAAGAGUAUACAUGGAUUAUUUAGGUUGAAAAGAGAACGUACAGUUAAGGAAGACUUUUAUUUGAAGGGCAUUGAAGAAUUUAAUCUCCCGAUUGUUUCAUAAAGUAAGAACUUGUUUGUUUAUUGGGAGUUUGUUAUUAUGUUUGUUGCUUAUAACUUUACCAGGGCUGUGGCAGGGCCUGGUGGCCCCUGGCACCUUACUUUUGCUCUUGGGAAACUAAGGAAUCUUAGUUUUUUCAUAAAAAGCAUAUGCUGGGUACCCUGGAUUUCAGCUUUAGAGCAGGGGGCUCCCUUCAAUUUUUCCUAGAGCCCACCCUUAGAUAUACAUAUACAUAUAUAUAUAUA